CAAUGAAGACACCAGCCACAUCACUUGCAACGAUUUUCCUCCGAAUUUUAUGUUCGGAACUGCUACUGGUGCUUAUCAGGUUGAAGGUGCUGCUGCAAGAGGUGGCAGAGGACCUAGCAUCUGGGACACUUUUACCCUCAAGACUCCUGGAAGAAUUUCUGGUGGAUCCAAUGGAAAUGUGGCUACCGACAUGUAUGCCAGAUUCAGGGAAGAUAUUAAGAUGAUGAAGAAAAUGGGGUUUCAAUCCUACAGAUUUUCAAUUUCAUGGUCAAGAAUUUUACCGGGUGGGAGGUGUUGUGCUGGAAUUAACAGGGAAGGAAUCGACUACUAUAAUACCGUUAUCGACACAGUCAUUGAACAUGGCCUUGAACCUUUUGUGACUAUUUUUCAUUUUGAUUUACCUGCUGCACUACAAGAAGAGUAUGGUGGAUUCUUAAGCAAAAAAAUUGUGCAAGAUUUUCGUGAAUAUGCCGAGUUAUGUUUCUGGGAAUUCGGUGAUCGGGUGAAAUUCUGGACCACAGUAAACGAGCCAUCGACCUAUUGUAUUAACGGAUAUGCUUCCGGUACUUUUCCACCCGGUCAAGCUCCUACUUCAGCUUACCUUUCAGCCUUAGCUCCAGAUGAAUCAGGAGUUUUUGUUUCUGAUCAAGCUCCAAUAAAUGUGGAUUUGAGUUCUACUCCAUCACAUGUUCGCUCGGUUUUUACUUCACUUUUACGAUCAUCAUCAACUGAAUCCACAGCUGCAACUAAUGUUCCUCCUACUACAGGUGUUGUUUAUGAGCCAAUGCAGCUCAUAUCCACAUUCAAGAGCAGUAAUAUUAACAAUCCGAACCUUUAUGGUUCCAUAAGCUCAUAUGACCCCAAACAUGCGUAUACUGCUGCAAGAAAUAUGCUCCUUGCUCAUUCUGCAGCAGUGCACACAUACAGAGACAAAUUUCAGGAACAUCAAAAAGGAAAGAUAGGUAUAGUGCUUUGCUGCUUCUGGUGCCAGCCCCUACACAGAAAAAAGGAAAAGGAUAUAGAAGCUCAACAAAGAGCUCUCGAUUUUCUGUUGGGAUGGUAUUUGGAGCCUAUAGUUAAAGGACGUUAUCCGAAAUAUAUGAUAAAAUAUGUUCCUGCCGAAAAUCUAGCUCCAUUUACACAUGAGGAAUCCGAAAAGCUCAAAGGAACCAUUGAUUUCCUGGGAUUGAACUACUAUACAGCUACCUAUGUCACUAAUGAUCCUCAUCCCAAAGCUGAAGAGGGCUACUACAGAGAUAUGCAUGUAAAAUUUCAUAGUUAUCGAGAUAAAAUACCAAUCGGACCCGUGGCUGGUUCAUCGUGGUUGCGCAUAGUUCCUUGGGGAAUUAAGGAUCUUCUUUUAUAUACAAAUAAGACAUACAAGCCCUUGCCGCCUAUAUAUAUCACAGAGAAUGGGGUGGAUGAAAAGAGUGAUUACAAGCUUACUGCUUCUGAUGCUUGUGUGGACCCAGUGAGGGUGAAGUAUCACCAAGAUCAUCUUGCGAAUGUCCUGAAAGCAAUGCACGACCCAGAGAACCCCGUGGACGUAAGGGGUUACUACGUAUGGUCAUGGUGCGAUAAUUUUGAAUGGUCAGAAGGAUACACAGUUAGAUUUGGACUCAUAUAUAUCGAUUUCAUGAAUAAUCUUACACGAUACCCGAAACUUUCAGCAAUGUGGUUCACUAAGUUCUUAGUGAGGAAGAAGCUUUGGGGUGGCCAAAAGAGGCAAAUAACAGAUGUUGAGGAAAGCGAGUCUGAGAAGAGGCUGAAAUUGACGGAAAAGUAAAGUUAAUGCUCCGAUCAUAUGGUGAAUCAUAAGUUAUAAGGUGAAUUAUGUACUGUUUUGCUCUUUUAUUUUUCUAUCUUUUUUGUGUUUGUGGUUUGAUCAUGAAUAACUGGCUGUGGAUCCUAUGAGGCCUCCAAGCCAAGUGUAACGCAUGGUGUGUUCUUUUAAGAAUAUGUAUUUAACUUAAUUAUGAACAAAUUUUUUUUAAAUAUAUAUGGUAUGUGGUUUAACGAAA